GUGCGGUCUGGCCUGUGGAUGGAUGAUUAAACACAGUGAUGACUGGAUAAAAGCUUCCAGCACGGGCCGCUCCACAGGAAGUAGCUCGCCGAGCGUCGACAAACUGCAGGUGUGAACUUUUUCUCCCGGUGAGGAUCGGGAGGAAAGCCGAUGACCGGGCUCUCCGGUUCCCCUCCGGUCGGGGGCACCUGCUCAUCAGCCGAGCUGCUUUCCAUCCACCGAGUCCACGACUUCAAAAGCGCAGACGGGUCGACCAGUUUGUCUGUGUUCAAAACACUUUGGGGAGGCUUGUAAUUAUGCCCUCGCUCUCAUUAUCUCUGUUUCUCCUGCUGCACGACUGAGAGGUGAAGAGAGACGUGGAUCAGAGGCCUCCGUUUUUCUUUUUCUUUUUUGUCAAGAUUAGAGAAGGUAGAGGAGGGAGAGAGGAAGGCAAAGAGGGGAGGGAGAGAUAAACAGAGGCAGUUGAAGGCGGUAAACAGAGCGCUCCUCUAAACGCAGCGGCACAAAGCCAGCGAGCGGAAACGCCGGAGGAAGAUUCACCGUCCACAGAAAACACUGAGAUUAGAAACUAAAUCUGGAUUUGCCGGCAGAGGAGAAGAGACGAGGACAAGGAGCCAUGGACGUGUCCCACCGCUGCUCCUGUCUCUGCGGCGGGAGGAGAAGCAGGAGCGGAGUCCUCCCCCCUCCGUCCACCUCCAGGCCCCCCGGGCCUCUCCUCCCCCCCAGGAGCCUGCUCCUGCUGCUCCUCUGCCUCUCGCUGUGGAGCCAGCAGGCCGGGGCGCUGGUCCCCUCCAGCUUCAGGCGGCUCAGCGGGCGCGAGAAGAAGGAGAUGCAGAAGGAGAUCCUGUCCAUCCUGGGCCUGCCGGGGCGGCCGCGGCCCCACCCGCCGCUACGGCCGCCCUCCUCCGCGCCGCUCUUCAUGCUGGACCUGUACCACGCCAUGGCCGCCGACGGGGGGGAGGAGGAGGGGAACGAGAUCAUCGGGACGGGGAGGUCGGGAGGGGCGGAGAGGUCGGCUCAGGUCAGCCCCGCCGCGCUGCCCACGCUCAGCACGCACACGCCGCCGCUGGGCACCGUGGUCAGCGAGGCCGACACCGUGAUGAGCUUCGUCAACCUGGUGGAGCAGGAGCGAGACCUGCUGCAGCCUCGUCCGUACUGGAAGGAGUUUCGUUUCGAUCUGACCCCCCUCCCUCAGGGCGAGACGGUGACGGCGGCAGAGUUCCGUAUUUAUAAGACGCUGACGAUGGGCCAGCGGGCCAACCGAACGCUGCACAUCUCCGUGUACGAGAUCCAGCGCGAGAGCCGACACAGAGAACCCGAGCUGGUGCUGCUUGACAUGCAGUCGGUGCCUGCGGGGCAGGAGGGCUGGCUGGCCUUCGACGUCACCUCCGCCUCCAACCACUGGCUGCUCCACCCACGCAGCAACCUGGGGAUACGUCUCUACGUGGAGACAGAGGAGGACCGCUCCCUGUCUGCAGGCUGGAUCGGCUUGGUGGGCCGCAAGGGCCCCCGCUCCAAACAGCCCUUCAUGGUGACCUUCUUCAGGGAGAGUCAGGUCCCGUGUCGGCCGCCUCGAGCCGUCAGGCCACACCCCCGCAAGAAGAAACCCAAAUCCGACCUCCCGGUCCCCAGCAUCCACAAUCGGAGUCCCGUGAACAGCGGAGGUCAGGCCUGCAAGAAGCACGAGCUCUACGUCAGCUUCAGUGACCUGGGGUGGAAGGACUGGGUUUUGGCCCCCACUGGAUAUUCAGCUUACUACUGCGAUGGAGAGUGUUUUUAUCCUCUGGGCUCCUGCAUGAACGCCACAAACCACGCCCUCAUCCAGCAAGUGGUCCACCUCCUGAAGCCCGACGAGGUUCCCAAGGCCUGCUGCGCCCCCACCAAGCUCAGCCCCAUCUCCGUCCUGUUCUACGACGACAACAACAACGUCAUCCUCAAGAAGCACCGCAACAUGGUGGUGAAGACAUGCGGCUGUCUAUGAGACACAUCCGGAUGCCACUCUGGGGGAGUUUAACUCUAGAAAGAAAGUGGACUUCUGGUGGGAGGAAACGUUCAGACGUUGGCUUGCACUACUCGGCCUAAUAAGUAUUUAAAGCCAGUUCAGUGUAGAAUUACAAUUGAAAGGCUCCCGUGUCCAUAUUAACAGGACAUUCUGCAUAAUGGGAGUCCUUCAGCAUAACAUUUUAAAUGCAGGGCUAAUUUGUAACUUUUUACAUGUCCGGUAAAUAAACUGCCACUUAUUGUAAA